UAGCGAUCGGACGUACGGCUCCGGAACAGUGAAGCCAAUUUGGCGAUAACAAGUGGUAGUUUCGGUGAACCUUUGGUAUAGAGUUUUCCCUGCACGGAGUGUGGGAUAGUGUAGAGCGUCUAGUUUGUGACGAGUUUAUGCAGGUAACAAUUAAAGGCAAGUAGCAGCAGGCUCAAGCAGAACCAGAAAGAGUACAAAACAUUACAAUGGAUCAACAACCGAGUCGUGGACGAGGACGAGGAACACGCGGUGGUCCUGGUGGUGCGGGAGGACAACCCAACUGGAAGCCGGAUGGUGCCAUCGCGCCCCAGCAUCGAGCAGUUCCCGUAGCUCAGGCGGAGCAAGCUGUAGCUGCCGGUGGUGGUAAUAAUGACGGUGGUGCAGGAACUUCUUCAAAGCCGCCGGCUAAGCGUGGCAAUGGUAACGGCAACGGGGGUGGUGGUGGUGGUGGUGGAGGCGAUGGGGCGGCGGUCGGCCGUGGAGCCAUCCGUGGAAUGCGGUACGUCCCGGAGGUGGUGGUAACACGCACCGCAAAUUCACCCAUGAAGCAGGGUACCUCCGGUACCAAGCUGAUCGUCAAAACUAACUACUUCCGGUUGACGCGAAAGGACAAGAAUGCGUGCGUCUUUCAGUACCGGAUCGAUUUUGAGCCAUUGAUCGAGGAUACACGGAUCAUGCAGGCGCUGAUUCGUACCCAGGGGCCCGUCAUUGGGCCGUACAUUUUCGACGGUACGAUGUUGUUUUUGUACAACAAGCUGCGCACGGAAGAGAUCGAGCUGCAGGUGAAGGACCCGCGUACGGACGCACUGUACAAGAUGACGAUCCGGCACGUCGGUACGGUCGAUAUGGCGUCCGAGAUGGCGUUCAUGAUACUGAACUUGAUGCAUCGGCAGGCGAUGGGCAGCCUGAAGCUGUUGGCAAUCAAUCGCAACUUCUUCGACCCGGAAGCAAAAGUUUCGAUCCCGCAGUACGGACUGGAACUGUACCCCGGGUACGUGACGUCGAUUCGCCAGCACGAAAAGGAUGUGCUGUUGUGCGUGGAUAUAACGCACCGGGUGCUGCGUACCGAUACCUGCUACAAGAUGUUGCAGAACAUGCAGCGCCAGCCGGGACAGUUCAAGGCCAACUUCGGCAAGAUGAUGAUCGGGGCCAACGUAAUGUCGGUCUACAAUCAGAAGAUGUACAAAAUCUGUGACGUCGAUUUCACCUCCUCACCCAUGUCGACGUUCCAGACCAAGGAAGGGGAAAACAUCACGUUCGUCGAUUAUUACAAAAAGCAGUACAACAUUACGAUCCGUGACCCGAAGCAACCGAUGCUGCUUUCGCAACCGAACGAACGGCUCGUACGGCUCGGGAUGGAUAAACCAAUCCUGCUCGUGCCGGAACUGUGCCGUUUGACUGGCAUCACGGACGAUAUGCGGCGUGAUUUUAACCUGAUGCGCGCCAUUGCCGACCAUACGCGCAUCGGUGCGGAUAUGCGCAUCCAGCGGUUGGAGCGUUUCAACGAGCGGCUGCAGAGUGCGGCCGGCCGGGAUGUGUUCCAGUUUUGGAAGACCGAGCUGGAUCGGCGUCUGGUCGAGGUACCGGCCCGUACCCUGCGCCAGGAGGCCAUUAUGUUCCGGGUGGAAGGUGAAGGUAUACCGGCAGGCCCGGAGGCGGACUGGGGUUCGGCAUUGCACAAAAAUAGUAUGUUCAAAUCGGUUCCGUUGCACCGUUGGUUCGUAGUGUGCGAGCGUGGAAAGGAAACGCUGGUGAAAGAUUUCCUCGGCUGUAUGGUGCAGGCCGGCCGGGGCAUGGGCUUCAAGAUAACAGAACCGAAGAUAGUCACCGUCCAGCAUGACGGUCCCCAGGGAUACAAUCAAGCUUUGAGCCAACUGUUCAAUGAAGAUCUACAGAUGAUUAUGUGCGUCGUACCAAACGAUCGUGCGGAUCGGUACGCCUCCAUCAAGCGGAUCUGUUGCGUCGAGCGGGCCGUUGCGUGCCAGGUGAUUAAGUCGCGCACGAUCACACCGAAGAACGGCAAUGUGCGUACGCUGAUGUCCGUCGCUACCAAGGUUGUAAUACAGCUGAACUGUAAGCUGGGCGGCGUACCGUGGAUGGUAAAGAAUCCCCUCACCAAUUCGAUGGUGGUUGGCUUUGACGUGUGUCACGAUACGCUUGAUAAAUCGAAAUCAUUCGGCGCCCUGGUUGCCACGAUGUACGCACCGAAUCAGGCCGAACCGAAGUACUUUUCUUCUGUCGAGGCACACAAGCGGGGUGAGGAGUUGUCCAACUUCAUUGCGGGCGGGAUCGUGAAAUCGCUACGGGCGUACCAGGCCGCUUAUGGGCAAGGAAGUUUGCCGCGCCGUAUUCUCCUGUACCGCGAUGGUGUCGGCGAAGGUCAGCUGCGCCAUGUGGUCAACUUCGAAGCCAAGACGAUCAAGAGCAUGUUGAGCCUGAUCUACAUCAAAAAGGAAUUUAAGCCACAGCUAACCAUCAUCGUUGUGAACAAGCGGAUCAACACGCGGCUGUUUAUGGCCGACCGCAAUCCGCCACCGUGCACCAUCGUCGAUGACAUCGUCACCUUGCCGGAAAGAUCUGAUUUCUUCCUGAUCUCGCAGGCAGUACGCCAGGGCACGGUAUCACCGACGUCGUACAAUGUCGUACACGACGAAAGCGGUCUGACGGUGGAUCAACUGCAAGUAUACACUUCCAAGCAGACCCAUCUGUACUACAACUGGUGCGGUACCAUCGCCGUACCGGCGGUUUGCCAAUAUGCUCACAAGCUGGCAUUUUUGACUUCCCAGCAUCUGCACCAACAACCCAACCAGAAUUUGAACAACCGUUUGUACUAUUUGUAGAAGAACCAGGGUUUUAAAAGUUUACCAUCACUCGAAAAACGAAAACCAAAACAGAGAGACCACAGGGAACCAAGAUGAUUCUAAAAUAGGUUUAUCGAUACGUAACGAAAUAUCUGAGUUCUUCCCUGAGGUUGUGUAUUACACACACAUAAUAAUAUGGAUUGAAGUGUGAUACAUUUUUCGAGCCCCUUCAAAGGACCGUGUUAAACACACUGGCCGACACCAAUUAUGCCACAUUGUUGGUAUUAACGAUAGUACAACAUUUACCAUUUGUUUUUAUUUCCAUUGAUUUCAUUUUCAUUCAUAACUUUUCCCAAACAGUGUAGUGAAGAACCGUUACGUGUACGGUUCAAAGCGUAUUACUACAAAGCACGAAAGUUUAUAAAUCUGUUUGAUCCUUCUUUUUACCCCAUCACAAGGGUAAUAAGUAGGUAAUUUUAGAUUUUAUGCAUACAAAGGAACUGUUUGAUGCUAAUUAAACAUUGACAUUCGCGAGAAAUGUCCAUGAAAUUGUGCCAUUCCGUUUUGUUGUUUGCUAAUUACAUUUAAAGGCACACGAAUGAAAGCAUUCGAUGUGUAGAUUUAAGAGAAAGGUGAAGUGGAAAGAUUUUUUUAUACAUUAUUACCAUUGUGUUUGUUCAUUAUUGCACAACUCUCAGGUUGACAAAGAAUUAGUUUCCAUGUGAAUAUGAAUAAAGUUGGAUAAUAUACUUAAUUUUGCAAAAAUUGUUAGUAUUUUGUAAACAGGUAUGGAUUUACACAGCUUCACUUUAUUUCGGAAUAGAUUUAUGAAAUCUGAGAAUAGCAGUGCAGGAUAAAGCAUAUGUGUAAGAAGGAUUAUUGCUUAUGAUAGCAGCAGGAGUCAGUGAUUCAAGGUACGCGCGUACAAGUCGAGAUUCGAUAAUCUUCAUGACAGAGAUAGAGGGUGUAAAAUAUUCUUUAUCAAUAUUAAUGCAGCACACACUAUAAGCUGCUGUUUAAUGUGUUUAUUUUCUAUUUCUCAAGCUCAAGCAACAUAUUCGAAAAUAUGUUUAUGAUCAAUACUCUUGAAACCAAGAAAAUCUCAUGGUGAAUGAAGCAUUUGUUUUCCGUCAUG